AAAUGAAUUAAUUAAUUUUUUUUUUUAAAGAAAUUCUCCAAAUUUAUCCAAUUAAUUUUCAUGGCUAAAUUACUACUUGGAGCAUCCGGCAAUCGCCAUGUGUAACCCUCGCCUGCCUGGCUCGUUUCCUUGAACCAGCCCACUGCGCACAGCACCAAAGAGCUGCCCUGCCGCGUGUAUUAAAUCUUUUGCUUUUCUUCUUUGAAAUUAACGUCUUCUUACCUUUCCUGUUGGCGUGACAGCUCUUCUCUUACUGGAUUUCUUUCGUUCUGCACUAACCCAGUUCUUCAAAUGAGCUUCUUUUUACCUGAAAUCUGUUUUUCUUCAGUAGCCAUUUCAGUACCUGGAUCUGCAUUACGUGAAAUCUCGAGGCUUUUGUGAACAUUUCUUUUUCUGAUGGUGCUUGGGAGGAAAAGACAAAAGCUUGAAAUUAGUGUCACCGCGUUGAGGAAGCCGACAAGAGAGGCUGUUUCGCUUUUUCCUUGAUUUAAUUUUUCGUGUUAGACAACCCAGGCUUUGUAGGCUGAGUUUUCAAAGUAUUUAUUGAUUGUAUUUCGUGUUAGAUGAGAUCUCUUGUGGGGCUCAUCUUAGAUUUCUAGAUGCUGAUCGAUGGAAUGAGCUGGCAAAAGCAAAACUCACGUGGUCAAUGCCCAAUUUGGGAACUUUUUAUAUGAAUUUAAAAGCUUUUGAUCGGGUCAACGGUGUAUGGAAAUUAGAGAAGUGGAAUUGGUUUUGAUUUUGGUAAGAAAAACCCAGAAACUAAAUUUGAUUUUGUUUCCCUUUUGGAGCUGAUUUAAGCUUGUAUGAUUGCUUAGCUUAUGAAUUUCUCUUGAAAUCGGUGGUAAAGUCCAAGAUUUUGAGAUUGAGGUUUAGAUUUUAUAAGUAAUACAUAGAUAUAUGAGCUUUGAUUGUUGGAAGAUACAUUGAGCCAAGUGCGAUAGGGGUAAAAAGAUGGUAGGAACAGCUGAAAUGAUGAACCAUAGUGCUUACUUGAAUGGGCCAACUCAAAACACAAAUGGUGGCUUAGAAGAGAAGCUUGAUGAGCUUCGUACCCUGAUGGGCAAAGCUGAAGGUGAUCCACUGAGGAUUGUUGGUGUUGGUGCGGGUGCUUGGGGUAGUGUUUUUGUUGCUAUGCUACAAGAUAGCUAUGGUCAUCUGCGAGAUAAGGUUCUGAUAAGGAUAUGGAGGAGGCCUGGGAGAAUAGUUGAUAGAGCAACUGCAGAGCAUUUGUUCGAAGUGAUCAAUUCAAGGGAAGAUGUUCUUCGGAGAUUGAUUAGGCGGUGUGCGUACCUCAAGUAUGUCGAAGGAAGAUUAGGUGAUCGGAGUCUGUAUGCAGAUGAGAUUCUGAAAGAUGGCUUCUGCUUGAAUAUGAUAGACACCCCACUUUGCCCUUUAAAGGUUGUCACCAACUUACAGGAGGCGGUGUGGGAUGCAGAUAUCGUGAUUAAUGGCUUGCCAUCAACAGAAACACUUCAGGUCUUUCAGGAAAUCAGUAGGUAUUGGAAAGAGAGAAUUACAGUGCCUGUCAUCAUUUCUCUGGCAAAGGGUGUAGAGGCUGAGUUGGGGCCUGAGCCACGCAUAAUAACUCCAACACAAAUGAUAAAUCGAGCAACUGGUGUUCCAAUGGAGAACAUCCUCUAUCUUGGAGGACCUAAUAUUGCUUCAGAGAUAUACAACAAGGAAUAUGCCAAUGCUCGAAUAUGUGGAGCUGAAAAGUGGAGAAAGCCACUGGCAAGGUUUUUGAGGCAACCGCACUUUAUAGUGUGGGACAAUGGUGACCUUGUUACUCAUGAAGUCAUGGGUGGUUUGAAGAAUGUUUAUGCCAUUGGAGCUGGAAUGGUAGCUGCUCUAACCAAUGAGAGUGCCACAAGCAAAUCAGUAUACUUUGCACACUGUACUUCUGAGAUGAUUUUUAUCACUCAUCUUUUGGCGGAGGAACCAGAAAAGCUUGCUGGGCCUUUGUUGGCUGAUACAUAUGUAACCUUGUUAAAAGGUCGUAAUGCGUGGUAUGGGCAAAAACUAGCCAAAGGGGAACUGAGCCUUGCAAUGGGUGAUAGCAUCAAAGGCAAGGGAAUGAUUCAGGGUGUCUCUGCUGUCAAGGCAUUUUUUGAGCUGCUAAGUCAGUCCUGCGUAAGUGUUCUACACCCUGAAGAAAAGAAGCCCGUAGCUCCUGUGGAACUCUGCCCUAUAUUGAAGAUGCUUUACAAAAUACUUAUAACAAGGGAAUAUCCAUCCCAGGCCAUCCUUCAAGCACUGCGAGAUGAGACAAUGAAUGAUCCACGUGAUCGUAUCGAAAUUGCUCAAACCCAUGUGUUCUAUCGGCCUUCACUUCUCGGUCAGCAGCCUUGACAACCGACCAUGUCUCUUUUCUACGUAACUCUUUCACUUCUGAACAACCUGUAAAUUUCACAAGGCCAUUAGUUUAGAUCCCACAGUAUAAUAUAGAGCUAUAGAGGGCCUGAAUGGUUUGGAAGAAGGAGGUUAUCUGCUAUUUCAAUUAUUUCAGUUCCAAGUUUGCUUCCAUGCGCUUAUAAGAUGCUCGAUGUCCACAUCAAGAGUGGUCUUACUCCCAUUAAGUUGCUCGAUGUCACGUUAUGCAUUUAGCGAAUGGAAGAGAAGAAUGGAGCAAAUGCCGGUUUAGUACGAAACACCAAGAAGAAGAUUCUUUCUGCUAGGAAUUUUUGUCGACUAGGACGUGAUUCUCGGUAAUUACGAGGAAGAUUUUUGUGAAUGAUGCUGUGUUUAUUUAGAUUUCUGUUGUUGGCCUUACAUUUCUUAUUGCAGAUAGAUAUUGCUUGGCUAGAUUUAUUGUAUAAUGGUUUUGUUCUUGUCAUGCAAAGUUUGUGUAUGAAAUUAUUGCUGCCUUGCUUCUUGUAA